CAAAAUGAUUGCCUCGCCGGCAAGCGUGUUGGACUCUGGAGGCAGUGGCAUCAAGUACCGCCAAGCUCGGUCCUGCACACAGUAUACCGGUCGUCAAGGCUGCCAAGGAAUGAGCUAGGCUACAGAUGGCGCAUCGUAUCGACGACAAGUGGCUGUGGUUUGCGUUCGGCAUCUUCGCCUUCUUCGCGGCCAAGGGCGUGCAGAAUGCCAUGCAAGAUGUCGUUCGUCUGACUGAGCUCGACGCCGAUCAAUAUCCCAGCGAGAAGGAGGACGCCGGCCAUCCCGAGCACUCAAUUCCCCUGCACACUCUGCGCACUCUUAUCAAGCAUCCGAACCGGUCUAUCGCAUCUUCUGCUGAGCAUAUCGUGAUCAAGCGCUUUGCGUCCUGGCCGGGUGCCUCUGACAUUCUGAGAAACGACCUGCUCAGCGGAGAUGAGGACAUUCGUCGCCAAGCUCGUCAAGCUGUGCGCUUCUUACAGGAGUGGGGCCUGGAUCUCGCCGACGGCUACGGCAAUUUGCCUUUUGACCGCGCACGCAAUCAAAUGCCAAUGAUGGAUCGAAGUGAGUGGGAUAUGCUGGCCGAGGAAAGUCCCGACGAGGAAAUGUUGGAUUCCGGCGUUGUAGCUCGUCUGGAGGAGCUCGAAGCGCUUAACGAAAUAAGCCAUGAUGACCUGGCUAGACAAGCCAGAUUCGCCGGGUGGGAUAAUUUCCCGCACCCUCGACCCUCUAACACUGGCAGUGCAGAGGCUGAGAGAAGGAGACGGCGGAGGGAGGCAAUGGUGCUUCACGAGGGUAGCGGGGGCAUUGUGGAGGGAGAUAUCAUCCGCCCAAGAGGUCGAUGAGUGGAUGAUCUCGAUGAGCAGGAUUAGCGUAAGCAUUGCGGUUAUCUCAUUCACCGUCGACCUAGCUGUGAACCUUGCACGAAAUGGAGACGUCUCAUGUGUAUUCGG